UAAGUAUUGAAACUCUGGAACAAUAUGACUUAUUAGGGUCCCAUAUAGUUUUACUGUAGCGUCCCUUCAACACCACUCUCCGCCGCUAGAUGUCGCUGGUCCCUGCGUGUUGUGGCUUGUGGGCUGGGGGGGUGGGCUGGCUGGAUGUGGACUGCUGGGGGCAGCUGGGUAUGUGUGUGUCUGUGAGUGUGUUUAAGACGCGUCGACUCGAGCAGGAGCAGGAGCAGCAGCAGCAGGAGGGGGACUUGAAAACUUCCCUGCGUCCAGUAAGAGCGGGGAUUUGGCGAUUUAGAGGCUUCCAGUCCAGCUGCGAUCGUCGGAGAGGAGGACCGAUCCGGUUCUCGGCACUGGAACCAUUUCCGGCCAACAUGGAUGAUUUAGAUGCUUUGUUGGCGGACCUCGAGUCCACAACAUCUCACAUCUCGAAACACCCCCUUUUCCUGUCUGAAGAGGCCGCCUACUCUUUUCCUGUGCAGGGUCAGACCCAGCAAGACAUCUGCUCUCCAUCCCAAGUCCCACCUACUCCCUCAGACCAAGCUCUGAAUGGAGUAGAAGAAAUAGAGUCUGUCGGCACAGCGCAGAGAAGUCCUUGGUCUAGAGAUAGCAGCAGUCUAGGCCAAUCCACUGGUGGAGAGGACCACGUGUACAGUCUCCCUAAUAAACAUAAGAGCAGUGACUCAUCAGCUGGUGCAAUGAACUCACUGGGCAGCAACCUGUCUGAGCUGGACCGCCUGCUGUUGGAGCUCAACGCUGUGCAGCAAAGCACCCCUGCCUUCGCCACAGAAGAGGAAGCUGCUCCACCGCUGCCUGGCAGCAGCAUUGUCCACCACGUACAGGAGAAUGGAGUCUCCACUGCAGGUAAAGCCACUGUGGUGGAGAAGCCCAAACGUAGUGGUCCCACUCGAGGAAUCGAGGACGUUCGACCAAGUGUGGAGAGCCUUCUGAAUGAAUUGGAAAGCUCUGUCCCAGCACCACAUCCCACACCGUUGGUGGUGUCAGAUGAGCAAACAGAUGGACAAGAAACGCUGUCACAACAACAAGCCAGAAUGUCUGCCUCCUCUGCCACACGAGAGCUGGAUGAGCUAAUGGCCUCCCUGUCUGACUUCAAAGUGCAAAGCAAUUCUGGCUCUCAGGUGUCUGUCAAUCAAGAUGCAGUUGACCCAUUAUUAGUUGCUGGUUCACCGGUUAUCCACCCAAUAACUAACCCACCAAUAACGCCUCAGAUUGGUUCCCCUGAUACUCCUCUACCCAAUAGUUACACUGCUCCGUCCUGUACACCACUCCCGCUGGAACUCCACAUAGAUGAAGAUGGUGGUUCAGCUCUUGCAUCUUCACCUCUUUCUGCUGUAGUAAUAGCAUCAUCUAAGAGCCUUCAGUACUCUCAGAUCCAACAGAAGGCUGAUGAUGGCACUGUCACUUCUGAGAUCUCACAUGUUGAGAGCUUUAGUUUUUCCAGUACUGUAAAAACCUCCAGUGAAACUGAAGUUGACACCCCCACUCAUAUAAUAACUAAAGAGUAUGCUAGUCCAGGUGCUGCUGCCACGAGCUCCAAACCCGUGGUUGUUUCUAAAAGUCCUGUUACAGUCUCUAAAAGCCCGAGUCCCACUGUUAAAGGCAAGAGUCCCAGUCCUCCUGAUGUUGAAUGUAAAAGCCCGGUCCUUAAAAGUCUCAGUCUUGCUCCUGUAAGUCACAGUCCACAAACAGCAAUACAGAGGGAUAGCCCAGUUACCGUGCCAACCACCAUGGAAACAGUGCCCAAGUCAGCUAGUCCAUUAACACUUCUGAGACUUUCAAGUCCAAAGAUUUCAAGUCCUGUAACAAUUCCUAAUAUCUCUAGUUCUCCAGCUGUAUCUAAAAGCUCCAGUCCUGAAACAGUCCCAAAAGAUACUUGUCCUAAGAGUCCUGCUCCAGUUAGGGGGAAAACAUACACAUUUCCAAGCAGCAGCAGUCCCACAGGGUCUCCAGUUUCGGUCGCCACUGUGCCAUCAAGUAGCUUGUAUGCACCUCUUAUAGAAAGUCAGGGAGGCGAAGUGCUGGGUUUAACGUGGCCAUGCCGGAAGCCUUUUUUGGAUGAUACUUUAGAGAAACUCUUAUCAACCGACUCCACUCGACUGGGUGAGAACCAGCCACCGACUGCUUUUGUGCCCGGGGAAGAAGACAGAUCUUGGGAGGAGGAAGAUGGAUUUUAUCCAGAUCUCAGCCUAGAGGGAACCCUGACACCCAUGACUGAGUCCAGCUGGAUGGAUGAGUGCUUUACCCCCUCCACCUGCCCUGGGACUCCAGAUGCAACGCUGGACUUGCCCAUACAGCAGCCCUCUGCUGUUGACCGUCUGUCUGCUUCUGGUCAACUCAAGUCAGUUAUCCGCCGCACCAAAGAGACGUCCAACGUGCACCCAAUGUACAGGGAGGGAAUGUUGAGACGUAAAAUGGGACCAAUCAUUAUAAAUAAAAGCAACUCGCAAGAUCGACUUAUUGAAGAGCUGCAGGGAAAACUGGGGAUCGGGCGGUUGGAGCGCAGGCGUAAACAACAGCCCGAUGACUGGUUGACGGAGGGAGUCAUUGUUACAUCCAACCCACAGCGGACACGAGAGGAAGGGAUUCAGCCAUCUGUGGAUAAGGUAGCAGGAUGAAGGUGGAGACGAAAAGCCUCACUGAUGGUGUAGUUUAUGCCUUUUUGGCUUUUGAUCACAGGAUUAACUGGCAGAUAUGAGAUAUUUAUCAUUUUUCAAACUUAACCAUAAAAUUUUACUUGUUAUUGGCAAACAGUUUAAACAGUUUCACUUUUCGGGCCAAUAUAGUUUUCCUUUUUUGUGUCUGAUGUUUC